ACGGCCUCGCAGGCGGGUGGCGGCGGCCGCGCUGGCUGCUGAGGGCGGGAGCGAGUGAGUCACUGCGCGCGUGUGAGGGAGGGAAGGAGCGAGCGAGCGAGCAGCCCGCGCCCGCCGCCCUCCCGCAGCUACCGCCAGGCCUCCUGUCGCCGGCUGCCCUCCGUCCAGUGCCCAGGCCGGGCCGAGCCGAGCCGGGUCGGGCCCGGGCCAUGCUGCUCACCGUGUACUGUGUGCGGAGGGACCUCUCCGAGGUGACCUUUUCCCUCCAGGUCGACGCCGACUUCGAGCUGCACAACUUCCGCGCGCUGUGCGAGCUCGAGUCCGGCAUCCCCGCCGCCGAGAGCCAGAUUGUCUACGCAGAAAGACCUCUCACCGACAACCACAGGUCACUGGCUUCUUACGGUUUAAAAGAUGGAGAUGUAGUAAUUCUACGACAGAAGGAGAGUGCAGACCCUCGACCUGCAGUGCAAUUCUCAAACUUACCCCGGAUUGACUUCAGUAGCAUAGCUGUGCCUGGCACGUCAAACCCCCAACAGCGCCAGCUGCCCAGAACACAGGCUCAGCACUCAUCUGCUGGGGAAAUAGCAUCAUCUCCUCAAGGCUUAGACAACCCAGCCCUGCUCCGAGACAUGCUGCUGGCCAACCCGCAUGAGCUGUCCUUGCUGAAGGAGCGUAACCCACCCUUGGCAGAAGCUCUGCUCAGUGGAGAUCUUGAGAAAUUCUCUAGGGUCCUGGUGGAGCAGCAGCAGGACCGAGCCCGGAGAGAGCAAGAACGGAUUCGUCUGUUUUCUGCUGACCCCUUUGACCUCGAAGCUCAGGCAAAGAUAGAAGAAGAUAUACGGCAGCAGAACAUCGAGGAGAACAUGACGAUAGCUAUGGAGGAGGCUCCGGAGAGCUUCGGUCAAGUCGCCAUGCUCUACAUCAACUGCAGAGUGAAUGGGCAUCCUGUGAAAGCCUUCGUUGACUCAGGUGCCCAGAUGACGAUUAUGAGCCAGGCCUGUGCAGAAAGGUGUAACAUAAUGAGACUGGUGGAUCGUCGCUGGGCUGGCAUUGCCAAAGGAGUAGGCACACAGAAAAUUAUUGGAAGGGUGCAUCUAGCUCAGGUUCAGAUUGAAGGCGAUUUUCUGGCAUGUUCCUUCUCAAUUCUGGAAGAACAGCCUAUGGACAUGCUUCUGGGUCUGGACAUGCUUAAACGGCAUCAGUGUUCUAUUGACUUGAAGAAGAAUGUUCUGGUGAUUGGCACCACAGGCUCACAGACCACCUUCCUUCCUGAGGGGGAGUUACCAGAGUGUGCUCGCUUGGCAUAUGGAACCGGGCGAGAGGACAUCCGGCCAGAGGAAAUUGCAGACCAAGAAUUAGCAGAAGCCAUUCAAAAAUCAGCCGAGGAUGCAGAGCGUCAGAAGCCAUGAUGCAUGUAGUGUGUGUGUGCUGCAGCUGGAGUGGCCCAGACCAGAGAAAAGCGGUAAAGAAUCUACCUCACUGGGAAUGUCAUCAUUGCCGACUUCUGAUGGAUUCAACCAUCCUGCUCCUUCAGGGCAAAGUCCUGAGGUUGGUAGCCCUACGAGUCUCGCUCGCUCUGUUUCUGCUUCCGUCUGCGCCAUCAAGCCCAGUGACCCUGAUAGCAUUGAAUCUCUAGCUAUGGAGGCUGUGAAGGCUUCAGCUGAAUUUCAGACAAACUCUAAGAAAAAAGACCCUCCUCCUCUGCAGGUUCUUCCUGAUCUUGUUUCCUCAGCAGAACAGAGUCUAGCUAUGCCUUUGCAUAAUUCAUCAGAAGAAGCAUUUGUUACAGGUAAUCUGGAGAAAUCUGCUGAAAAAAGAACCCAGGGCCUCAGAGUUCAUCUUCAGACAAGACAGGACGCUAGUUUCUCCCUCACAACUACUGGGAUGCAUGAGGCACAGAUAAAGAGUUGGCAUCCAGAAUAUCAGACCCCAAGUCAAGUGAGUGGCCUUCAGCAGCAGCACAGAGAAACAGAGAGGGUGCAGCAUGGGGCUGAACCACAGAGUGUUCCACAUGACCAGGAGUGUCUCUGUGACACAGAAGACCUUGAGCUUCAUGAAGAAGUUGUCAGUUUGGAAGCUGUAAUGAAAGCCGAUGAGCUACAGAGAAGUGCCCAUCUUCCUAGUGCAGAGACAGGGCUUCCAGCUUCAGGACCCUGCAGCUGCUCGUGCUCAGAAGCCCUGAUGGAAGUAGAUACGGCUGAACAGUCUCUGGUUGCUAUGUGCAGCUCAACAGGCAGGAAGGAUGCCAUCAUCAAAAGCCCUGGCAUAUCCCAUCUUGCUUCAGAUAAUCCCUCUAUGGAAAUGGAGACAUCACGGUGUAACCCCUCCUGUGACCGUGUGGAACAUUCCAUCUUGACUCGGGAUUUGCAGCUCCCAGAAGAUAAUGUUGAAAUGUCUACAAUGGAUAACAAAGAUGACAGUUCCUCUUCCCCUCUAAGUGGCCAUAGUCAGCCCUCUCUGGAGUCAGCAGAAGAAUUUUGUUCAUCUGUCACAGUAGCCUUGAAAGAGCUGCAUGAGCUUUUGGUCAUUAGCUGUAAGCCAGCUUCAGAAGAUUCACCUGAGGGUAUUACCUGUCAGUCAGAAUUAGGAGCUGAGAUCCAAAUAAGUGAUUCAGACCUUACAGGAAGGAGGGCCCAGAGUGAGCAUCUGACCCCUAGUGACCAGUACCCACAAGUCUCCUGUCACCAGGCCAUCUCUGAAUCAGAAAAGACAGAGAUCAUAGGAAUCACACCUUGUGCUACAAUAGAAAAUGAAACAUCCACUAGCUUUGGAGGUCUGAGUGAUGGCUUGUCACCUGGCCGAGGUGUCCCCAGACCAACAGAAUCAGUCAGGAAGAGCUGUUCUGUCACCAUAACCUCAGCUAAACUGUCUGAGCAGUUGUCCUGCACCUCAAGUGUAGAAAUUUCACCUGAACUUGCAUCAGGUGAGGGGGAUGUCAACAGUAAGCCUUCUGAGCAUGUGCAGAAUCCAGUCCCAGAGAGGCUGGAGACCAGCAAUGUCUGCCCUGGAGCCGAGUUGCCCUGCAGUGGAUUGGACCAACCUACCACACAGUCCUUGUCCACCCCCGCCACUCUUCCACCGAUUAUCUUCCCUGCGGCAGAUGUUGACAGGAUUCUGGGUGCUGGCUUCACUCUGCAGGAAGCCCUCGGGGCUCUGCAUCGAGUUGGUGGGAAUGCAGACCUUGCGCUUCUUGUCUUGUUAGCAAAGAACAUUGUGGUCCCUACCUAAUUGUGGGAAAGUGGGCUUGGCCACACUUCAUUCCUUUUGGAAAAGCCCUUUUCACACAAAUAUACUCAACACACACACACACAAAAUGUCUGUAGAAAAUCUGCAAGCAAAAUGUUGAGCCAGAUUUUUUUUUCCAGCCAAAGUAAUUUAUGCUCUUUUGUCUGAUGAAUUUGUCUAUUCUACUUGUUAAAAUUUGGGCCUUUUAAAUGUAUUGGCAGUGUGUGCAUACAAAGCUUUUUAUUCUCAUUAAGAUGAUGUAUUCCGGAAUAAAGCGGAUGGUUUUGUGUAUAGCAUACCAUUUUAGAAUGAGUGAAUGCUUUGAAAGCAGGGGUCAUGAGGAGCCUGCUCUCUGUGGAGCUAGGACAGAUGAGCUGCCCUUUGUGGCUCUGCCUGUGCUGUGUGCAGGGUAUGGCUGUAACAGGAAGCUGGAGAAGAUAAGAACGUCUAGAGUUGUAUGUUUUGAUUUGUGUGCUCAGGGUUGACAUUUAAGUAGAGCAGGAGGGCUUAAACCUCGGGCUGUCUUGUGCAUCAUAGGCUGCUGCAUGGACUAUUUGCCAAAUACCUUCAUGACCAUGGGUAGGCUGUGGGGAAAGUCGCAUCAGAGUGAAACAUGGUGCUACUUGUAUUUAAAAGGAGAAGGGAAAAAAUGCGAUCAUAAUUCCAUUUGUAAAUGUCAAGAUAAUGGCUUAGACAAACACUAGCGUGUACUAGAGACAGGGUCGAGGUGUCUCACUGACAACCCGACCCUCGCAUGAUCAUGGGUUGACCGCCAGGAGCCUGCUGGCUUUGCAAACCAAUCUGUUAGGAAGUUCUUCCCAUGCUCAGUCGGAGCCGAGUGAGACAGCACCGGAGAGCUUCUGUCCCCAUCCUCUCAGUGCAUGUACUGAUGGGUCUGUGAGAGUCCCUCGUGACAGAGGGAAUACAAUGGAAGUUCUGACAACAGUGGCCUUGGUACAGUCUUCAUCCCUUUCUUUCCUCAGGAGUUUCUUUUCUAAGCAGGAUCCAUGUUUGUGUUCAUCAGGCUGAGCUGGAGUCAGGCAGACUGUAGCUGUGUUUCCUGUGGCCUUCUUAGUGUGAGCUCUCGCCUUGAAAGUUGCUGUCCUGCGGGCCCCACUGUGCAAUAAUCACUCCAGAUAGGUUUGAAAGCAUCCUUUCCUGGAACAUAAACUCUUGUCUUAGGUGCCUGGCAGGAAUUUGGAAUCUUGCUUUUCUUGAAAAGGAUUUUGAAGAUAAUUCCUGGUUCCAGGUUGAGAGUUUGCAGUUUAUUAAAAUGAAAGUGUUGAAAUCGAAUUCUGAACUUAGCAUUAACUGAUUUUGUUUAAAAAAAAUCACUAUCCAUCUCUAUCUCUCUGUGUCUGUCUCUCAAAGCUUAGUUUUAUCCAUCAAAAUUAAAGUCAUCAAGCACAGAUGGGUUCAUAUCUCAGGAGUGUUUUAAACUUUCGGGGCACUUACAGGGGUUUGUGUUCUUUUUGCCGCAUUGUUUGUGUGCAGAGACUGACUUCAGUGAUGUUGUGGCAGGUCACACCGCUGUCAUGAUCCUUUCUGGAGUUAGGAAAUGGUUGCUGGAUGGCCGUGUGGUUUCCUGCUCUCCUUCGGGUCCUCAGAACACCAGACUAGCUGAGCUGUCUUUGAGAAAUUCUUUGUUUCCGAUGAGCAUGGCCUGUCCAUCUUUUGCCUGUCCUACACCAAAGAUGUAUGUGUGAUUCACCAGGCGACUGCUCCACAGCACUCUGCCACCCAGCUUAGAGCAGUGCCUGGGGCACGAGCAGGCAGUGCAGGGAAGCCAGGUAUUGGCUUGAGAGGUGGCGAGGUGGGGGUGAAUUUUGGGGUCACAAAUCUUUGGGGCCACAGGGUGGGGUGGAUAGAAGAAAGUACUGCUGACAGACUCCUCCCAGAAAGCCUGUGUGAGCAGAACUCGGCAUGCCAACUCUGGCAUGUCCACAGUGUCUAUGCUGUGGGUGUGUGCAAGGUGGCCCUAGCUGGAGUGUGGAAUACCAGUCUGGAAAAGAUUUCACUACAGUAGCGUUUAAUGUAUGUACUUCUAUGUUUAUUCUUAGAGGCAGCCUGAUAGGUGUUCUUAGGAACUCUUGGAGCUUGACUCACUUGCCAAAUACUUUGUUCCUUUGGUUGUUAUUUUCUUUGCAACAAUAGUUGCUUUUGAUUUUUAAGAUCUGUCAAAAAUAAAUAAAAUCAAAGGCCAGGCAAGCUGACAUACCUUUCAUUCUAGAAGGCAGGUGGAUGUCUGAGUUCAAGGCCUGCCAGAGCUACAUUAGUGAGACCCUGUCUUUUAAACAGUAAAUUAAAAAGAAAAAUCUUUUGUCUGAAGUUUAGAUGAUGUUAGGAAUUGAUUGGCUUAAACUGGACAAUUCUAGAACAGAGGACCUUGAGGAACAACCCAGUGGUACAUCAGUCAGUUUCCACUUAGUCACAUUGUUGUAAGACCUAGUGGUAAGCCUGUCAGGUCACAACGGUAACAGCAAGGGGUAGCUCCUUGGCCAGACUGUUUUCGGGAUUCUGUGGUGGCCGCUUACCUCCAGCAGUGCUCUCCAUUUAUGCACCGAAGGAUUUUCUUACAAACCCCACGCUCAAGCUGAAGGGCUGGAGAUACAGCCCUUUGAUUCUGUGAAAGGCUGUUUCCAGAUGUGUUAGUUCAGCCCUUUGCAGCAGUAAAAGCCUUUGUCUGGCGAGCUGAGCCUCAGAUGUUGACAGGUGAAGAUGAAAGUAGGUACUUGGCAAAGGACGCUUUAGUAAGUGGUCAGUGGUGUGUGAGAACUUCUGCCUUGAAGCCUACGCCUUCUGAUCAUCUCUAGAUGUAGGAGAGGGGGGACACAGCCCAAGGUGUCUACCCAAAACAUUUCUUUAACAAGAGGGUCCCUAGGAAUGAGGUAGGGGCCCUGGUGUGGAUUUUAUGUCUAGCUUGUAUGGCAUCUGCCUGUUUGUCCCUCUCUACAGCUUUCUAUCUCUAGCAAAAGCCAUAAGAAUUUGUUUCAACUUUUCAGCUCAUGUCUAUAAAUAAAUACUAAGCUAUCUCAAGUUUAAGGUUAUUGAUAAGUAUUUUACAUAGGUUGAAAAGCAGCUUUUAUGUCUACAGAGACCUGCACGUCCGGUGGCUUUUCUUCCUAUUGUGUAUAUAAUAAACUGCCUUGCAAAUAGCAGUACAAGAGUGUCAAGGCAACUUUUCUUUUUUGUUUUUUGUUUACUUUUUUUUUUUGAGACAGGAUCUCGCCAUAGCCCAGGAUGGCCUCAAACUCAUGGCAAUUUUCCAGCCUCAGCCUUUAGAAUCCUAGGAUUGCAGGCGCACACACCUAUGCCCAGUUCACCCAGCGAGUUCCAGUUGCUGCCUCUGGUGAGAAUAGACAAUGUGGCUGACGUGGCUGGUGUGUCACUAGCAGUGCCAAGGGGCUGAGGGGCAUGGUUUGGUGGAACGCCUGCAUAGCAUUCGAGGUCCUAGGUUUGAUCCUUACCACCAAAAAAUAAAAGUAAAAGCCAAUCUGUGGCUGACUAGAACCGAGUUUGGUGUUUCCUGCAUCCCCUCAGGGCUGGCACUGAGCCCCCAUAAAUUACCUGACUCCCCAAGUGUUGGUAGAGUCACAGUAAGGACUUUGGGGUGAGCCUUUGAUGUACUUGCUUUUCUUUCGUGCCUUAAUUUUUUUGAAUAGCAGAAGCAUCACAUCUUGGGGAAAAGGUUAGCGGGCAGCCCUCCUGGAGAGGACUGCCACCUGGUGUGGUCCUUGGCUCCUUACCUCUUUGAUUCACUCUUACUGCUUCAAACAUUAGGUUUCCUGGGAUAGGACUUUCUGCAUCCUGUAUACCAAAAAUGGUUUCUAGAAGUUUCUUCAGUUUCCUGUUGCAUCUUUUGUGCUGUGAUGGGAGGAGCUAGCUUCAGAGCAAUGCAGUGGGAGCAAGAAGUCGUUGGUUUGUUCAUCAGACUUGGGGUACCCCUGAAGCCCAGGAGGUCAGCAGCAGCUAAACCAGACAGGAGCCUGGCCUUAGAAGCCUUCAGUCCGGGGGAGAUAUGGGGCAAGUUUUAACUGAGAUCUGUUUUUACCUAUUACCAUGCUACUCCACCCCUACCCCAGCAUGCUUUUGUUUUUGAGGAGAUCUCUUACAGCCCAAGCUGGCCUUGAACUAGCAAUCCUUAAGUGCUGGGUUUAUGAAGUUAUAGGCACACUCUAUAAUGUCUGAGUGGCAUGCUUUCAUUUGUUGCAGUUUAGAACUGACUAGGGGGAAAAAUCAGGCCCAUGAUGGAAUUCAACACCAUAAACCUAGAGUUUUACUUUAAAGUGUUUAGUUUUAGUUUAGUUUAAUUUAAACAAUUGGGGGCUGGUGUGUUGGCACACACUUUUAAACUAUAAGUGCAAGGCCAGUCAGGGCUACAGAGAGGAACUGUCUUAAAUAAAAAUGAAAACAGUUGAGGGUGUAAGGAAAUAGCACAGUGGUAGGCCGAUGGCUUGACUAGCUGCCGGAAGCCCUCAGUCCAGCCCCCAGCCCUGCGUAAGCCAGGUGUGGCAAGCAUGUGAGCCCAGCGCUGUAGACGGGAGAGGAUCAGAAGUUCAGGUCAUUCUUGACUACAUAGUGAGUUUCAGGUCAGCUGGGGUUAUAUGCAACCCUGCCUCCAGAAGAGUGGGUGGAGGAUUACUGGCAUAGCUCAGUGGUAGCAGAACACUUCCCUGACAUGUACAAGGCCCUGGGUUUGACCCCCAACACUGCGCAGAAAAAAAAGAAUUUUAAAUAAAAAGAUUUAGUAGAAAUAACUGAAAAGACGCUGGUGAGUUGAGGUGUAAAGCUAUGGAGCGGAAAGGGACAGGCAGAAUGGAAUCACCCUGGUGAGGAGAGGAGGGGUGUUUCCCUUCAGCAUGCAGGAUCGCCGCAUGUAGCGCUAAGAUAGGUGUGUCCCCGCCACCCUCCGGAGAGCAGAACUCAGCCGAGGCCUCUGCAGGAUGUGCAGUAUGUGGACAAGACAAUCCGGAGCAGAAGUGAUCGAUGUUGGGGCGGGCAGACAGGACUGCUCUGCAGAACUCUGCCAGCUCCGCAAGACCUUCUUCAGUCCUCCGUUUAAGAUAGCCAGGUGUGUGCAUUCCUGAAGCAUAGAAAGAAAAUAGGUUCUUAGUGAUUUCAGUUAGGAAAUACGCUUAAAAGUUGAUCAGUAAUUAGAUUCGGGGUCAGGGGCUUGUGAAACGGGGGAGAGGGCUGCUAAGUUUUAGGACACCAUCUAGGACCAAUUUACCAAGAAAAAAAAAAAAGGUUCAGCACGGAAGUCUGUUUACCUGCAAAGUUUGAACCCCAAAUCAGGAGAAGGCGAGGAACAUGAGAUCAGAUUGCUUCUUACAAAGCUGUGUCUGAGUAAGCAACUGAAGAAGGUUUUGAUUGGCUAACUUGGAUAAGGGACGUUUCCCCCUUCUCCCUGUCAAGGUGAUGGGCAGUGAUUGUACUUACAAGUUUGGUUGGUGGAAUCCUGCAAACCUGAAUGAGUGUGUCUGUGACCUGCAGAAUAGACCUGUGUUCCUACAGGAGCCAGCCAGAUGUGUGUUGAGAGGCUCCUCACGCAGUCCUUACAGCCCGGAAGACAUGUGGCCUCACUCUCUCACCCGAGUACCGAGGCUUGUGUUCUCGCCCCUGGCUCCCCUGGGCGUCCAUUCGUUCUGGCGAGACUUCGGAGGGAGUCUCUAUGUGUACCUUCCAUGGGAAACGAAUAGUACAUUUGUAUCCAGAUUUCUUCAUGGCAAGCUGGGCCCAAUGGCUUCAUCCCCAAGUAAAGGUCCCCUGGCUUUCUAGCCGCAGAUGGCAGAUCGUAACUAGGAAGCCCUCCCUCUGCAGUUGCCCGAGUCAUGAGGGUUUCUGGCUUCUCUUUAAGCUUUGACACUACUUCAUCUUUUGGUAUCCAGUCUAGUUAGCAACAUCUGCUUGCCAGUGGCCCGCCCAGGCAUGCCCAGAUGCUUUGAGAGUUGGGGAAACUGAGAACUGAGAAGCUGCACUCAGGAAUCCCAAAGUCCAUUGCUUUGUGUGCUGGUUAGGACUGUCUGCAGCUGAACGCACUAGAUGCCUUUGAGUUUGAUUUUUUGUUUUGUUCCUUGUCAUAUUUUGAAAUGUAAGUCAGCCCUGAAUAAUCCAAACACUUUAUUUUAUUUUUAUUUUUCUUCUUUAAUAGGAACUUUCUGAAGAAAACGUGAUGUGUAAAACCUUUGAUAUUUAAGAUAAUAAAGUUUUUAUCAUAAGACUUU